GUCAACAAAUCAAUCGAAAUCGAAAAAAAAGGCGAGAAGGUUAUUAUUGAAUGCGUUCAAAGUUAAAAUUAUUCUACAAUCUUUAUAACUUAUUUGAAAACCUACACGAUGAGUUCUGGAUUUAUAUCUGAAUCGGAGAUAUUGGAAGCGAGACGAAGACGUCAGGAAGAAUGGGAAAAAGUGAGAACCGAAGAUCAACCUAAAGAGGCACCAGAAGAAGCAUAUGAUACAAGGCCGCUGUACCAUCGCUUGGAAGAGCAAAGACUAAAGAAGGAAGCAGAGUAUGAAGAAGCACAUAAACUGAAGAACAUGAUCAGAGGUCUGGAUGAUGAUGAGGUAGGAUUCCUAGACCUGGUGGAGAGGACCAAGGCGAAGGCGGCUCAGCAGAUAUCACUUGAAGAGCAGAAGGAAAUGCAGGAGUUCAGGGAGCGAGUAUCAAAUCUGGCGGAGAGUGAGGAGUUGAUCAGACUGCGGGCGCAGCUCGCUCCCACGCGCACCACCACCACACAGCCCGCCAAGAAUAAACUGCAAGGGGUUGUUGUAAGGAAAAGGAAAGCCAGUGAAAUGGAAGGAGAGAAGACGGACAAAGAACCAGAGAAGUCAUCGCCACCUAAAAAUGGAACAAUCAAUACUGCGCAACAGAAUGGUACAGCGGAAGUGGGGCAUGUGGGGCCUGUGGGGCAAGUGGGGCAGAAUAAUUGUAUUUCCCAGUGUGAGAAGAAUUGUGUAAAACGAGAUUUAUUGGGCAGAAGACCGGACCAGGAGAAGAAAGACGAAACCAAGAGCUAGAGAACAUGUUGCGAUACAUGUUUCUGUUCAUUACAACGGGAUAUUGUAAACUUAUAGACGUUAUAUUUGUAUAAGUUAAGUUUUAAAUAGUUUUUAUUCCAUUUGAUGUGUAUUUUUUAAAACCGAUUAUUCAAACUUGCAUUAAAAUUUAUACAAAUGUUGGACAAAUUCCUAACAUCUUAUAUAUUAUCUUUUUAUAUACUUCAUGUAGAAAACAUAAAUGUAUAUUUUAAAAUGACAAUGUAUUUUCUUGCGUAAUUGUUAAUAUCAUGUUUUAGUGUGAAAUUAAUCUAAAAACAUUGGUUCAAGUUGUCCGACAUGUAUCAUAUGUAGGUUGUAUUGAAUUUUAAUAUACUUGCUUUAAUACA